CCGCCGCCAUUUUACGCCGCCAGCCGUGCUCAGCGGCCGGAGCGUCCUGGGGCCGCCUGGGGCCCUCGGCCCGCGGGGCCCUGCGCCGGUGGCGGCACCGGCCGGGCGGAACCGGAGCGACCGGGCGGAGAACGGCGGGGCCGCCCGUCACGUGACCGGGGAGCGGCGGGGAAUGCCACGUGACCGGGGCUGCGGCUCGGCUUUGCGGCACGGGCUCCUUCUCUGCUCCCCGUUCCCGCUCCCAGUCGAAACUCAAAGCUGUUCCCAGUCUCGUUACAGAGGGGAUCGGCCCCACCCCGCUCCCGUAUCACCGGCCAUGCCUGAAAGCGCCGGACACCCCGGCGGGCGCGGCCCCGCCCCUUCCUGCAGCGCCUGCCCAAUGGGCGCGCAGGCCGCGGUUUAAAUGGCGGGGGCGGGCCCGGGCCUGGGUCGUUGGUGCCGCCAUGGGCAGCGCUGAGGGCGCAGAUUGGGUUGAUGUUGCCAAUGAUCUUUUCAGGACCUGUCACAUAAACCAGCACAUAAAGCAUCUCUCAGAAUGUGGUGCUGACCUGUUUGUUCGUCUUUAUGAGGCAAUCUUAGGAGAAAAAGUACCAGAUUUCAUUGCUACUCCCAGAAGCCAAGAGGAUGAUGCACAUAAUGUACAAGCAGUAAUAGAUUCCCUGGCAUUGGACUAUUUGCAGGUCAGCUUGUCUCACAUCACAGGAGAGAACAUUGUGAAAGGAGACAGGGAAUCUAUCAAAAACCUCCUUGAAAUAUUUGAUGGUUUGUUGGAGUAUCUUAGAGAAGUCAGUGAAACGUCUUCUCAGGCUGGAGCUGAGAUAAAUGUGCUGUCCAGUGAAGAAAUUCAAAUUGCAUCUCAAGAGCAGCUGGAAAGCACUGCUGAUCAACUUACAGAACAUACACUACUCUCAUCAGUAGAAAGGUCCCAGUCAGAAUAUUUUCUUCUAACUUGUGAUACAGAUGGCUCAGGAUCUACCAGUGAAUUAAUUAAACUUGGAGAAACUGCUUAUUCAUUUUCCAAGAGAGGGGAAGCAGAAAAGGACAAGGAGGUGGAAGAAUCUGAAAGCACAGAGGCUCUUGCAGCAUUGCCCAUACAGUUCUCAGAAAGUGAAAGGGGGACCGUAAAUGAAAGGGAAGAUGGAGGGAUGGAGUCUGUUCAUGCUGCUGAACCUCACAAAGGCAGUUUGAGUGUCAGUGCUACCAAACUGGGGGAGCCCAUCCAGCAGGCAAUUCCUCUGCUGCCCCCGUUCCAGCCCUCGGAUCCGGCAUGGAGAGAUUACCACAGCUCAGACAGACAGGCAGCAGCCCUGGCUUGCAGUCAAGCACUGAACAUUCCUACUAUUGAAAAGUCACUUACCCAAAAAUUUCAUGAUGUUUCUGAUGGUCUUCCUCCAUCCAGAAAAAUCCCUGUGGGAGAAACGCUGGGAGGUGAUGCCAAGGACAAAGUGACAAAGGUGCCUCUGGUAUCUGAGUCUUCCAUAUCCACCUCUUCUGAGGAAAAGCUCUCACUAUGUGCUGAACCAGUAACACAAACCCCAAGACCUGAAUCUCAGCACUGGCCUAGAACAACAAGCAAAUAUGAAAAUUCCACCACAGAUUCAGCUGAAUAUUCACUUUCCCACAGAACAACAAAGGAGAAGGUGCCUAAGCAGCAAGAGUUUCAUGAAGCAUCAGAAAAUCUGUCUCGCAGGCUGAAGGAACUGAAUUUAAUGCUGAAGAGAGCUUUGGGUGAGCCCACGAGAGAAGAGGAGCUGACAGAUGAGGACAGCCUGUCCCACCACAGUGACAGUGCCAUGGACUAUGGCCGAAGGACAGCUGGGAGAGACACAUCGCAGCCAAGGUACCCAGGCAGGCCACGGUCCCUCUCUCCAGCCUCACCCCUGUCCCAGCACCAGGAACAUAAACGGAGGGGCAGAGCAACAGGCCAGAUAAAGACAAUCCACAGCCACCUGCAGGGAGAGAGGAACGAAAGAACAAGAAAAGCAAAGCUGGUCACUAAAGCUUAUGAAGAUGAGCUAAGAAUUUUUGAAGCGAGGGAGAAGCUUAGAAUUUCCAAGCUCAGAGAAGCUGCCAAGGAAAUGGAACAAGAGUACAAAGAAAAUGUCUUUCAAGAACCUCCAAAAGUGUCUCAGCGAGUGAAAGUUUAUUCUAGAAAAACCACACCUCAGUAUCCCAAACACAGCCAGUGGAUUCCAAAACGAGGGAUCAUGAAGCCAAAGCAAGCAGCUCCAAUGACAAUAAGAGACAAUGAUCUCCUCCUGCAGCUCCUGGAGGAGUUUCCCCACCUGCACAUUUCCUCCCGUACUCUCAAUAAAAUGUGGCAGCAGCAGCUUGCACAAACUGAGCACCUCAAGGCACCCUCUGCCAGACCUAGACCAAAACUCCAGAAUGAAGUUGAGCAAGCCUUGAAGAAACAUGAGCUGCUUGCUGCCAUUAUUAAGAGAGAUCAAGAUCACAGCAAGAGACUGCAAGAAGUCAAGCAGCGCAUCCAGCGCCAGAAGUGGGCUCAGAACAAGGUGACUGAGAGGCGGCAGCAGGUGGCGCGGGCCAGGAAAUACUACGAGGAUUACAGGGUGCAGCUCCGGGCCAAGCUGCUGCGGGCCAGGACACGCGAGGAGAGGAUAUUUAAAAACUUAUUUGAAGAAGGUUUAGAAAUUCAGAAGCAAAGACUGAGGGAGCUGAGAGUUUAUGCUCGAGAGAAGCGCGAUGAGCAAUGGAGAGAGCACCAGACUGAGCUGGAGUCCCUGGAGAACUACUACAGAGACCAGUUUUCCAUGCUAGCAGAAGCUAUAUCUCAAGAAUUCCAAGAAAUCCAAACCAGAGAGAAAGCACAAGCACAAAUGCUGCAAAAAUCAAAAAGCGAAGUGAGAUCAAAGAUGGAAAAGGAAAUACAGCAACUGCAAGCAGCAAUCAUGCACAAUGAUGAUGACACCUUUUUUCAAGAACUAGAGGCAGACAGACUGCGAUCCAGACUUCAGAUGGCUUCCUUCCAGUACAGCCAAAGCCACUUCUUCUAAGACUUGGGAAGAUGGUGUAGCUUUGCUGAGUUUUGAGAGCAGUCUGUUCAUCUGUUCACCAGUGCUGAGAUAAAGUCCUUGCCAAGCCAUGGCAGUACCUGAGAGCCAGAAGUCAGACCUGCUGUGUUUGACUAGAACAUUCAGCACACUCCUCACUGGAGGUAACAGCAUGUAGGAAGUCACCAAGUUUCAAGUAUUUUCUCCUGAAACAAAGUCGAGUUACUUAAAAAUGACAUUGUUACAUUUUAAAGAAGAAAAACUUUAAACUUUUAAAACCAUUGAUGCUGUGACAGUGCAAACAGCAUACAAUUUAUUGCUCAACUUCUGCAUGGGUACAUACAUUAAGUACUUAAAAACCAUUUUAUACAGAUUUUUUUUUUUUGUUAAAGCUCAUGUAACAGCUGGGUGAAAAUACAAUGAUACCAAUGCUAAAACACUCUGUAAUAAAUACAAUGGAAAUGAUAAACUAAGAACUGUCA